CCGUCGGCCCCCGCGGGCCGCUCCCGUCGCCGUGGAAACGAAGGCAGCCAAGCGGCGCGGCGGCUUCCGCUCCUCCGCGCCGGGGAGGGCUCCGGGCGACCGCGAUGCUGAAGGCCAAGAUCCUGUUCGUGGGGCCCUGCGAGAGUGGAAAAACCGUUUUGGCCAACUUCCUGACAGAAUCUUCUGACAUCACCGAAUACAAUCCGACCCAGGGAGUAAGGAUCCUGGAAUUUGAGAACCCGCACGUCACCAGCGACGACAAAGGCACGGCAUGUGAAUUUGAGCUGUGGGAUUGUGGCGGUGACCCCAAUCCCACAGGUAGAAACCAGAAGCACCUAACAUCCGCUCUGAAUCCAGUGCUGCCUUGCAGGUUCGAGUCUUGCUGGCCAGCCCUGAUGAAGGAUUCCCACGGGGUGGUGAUCGUCUUCAAUGCCGACACCCCAAGCCACCUGAAGGAAAUCGACAUGUGGUAUUCCUGCUUCGUCCAGCAGCAGCUCCUACAGGACACUCAGUGUCUGUUGAUCGCACACCACAAACCAGGCUCCGGAAGUGAUAAAGGAAACCUGUCUUUGUCACCCCCCUUGAACAAGCUGAAGCUGGUGCACUCGAACCUGGAGGAUGACCCUGAAGAGAUCAGGGUGGAGUUCAUAAAGUAUUUAAAGAGCAUAGUCAAUUCAGUGUCUGAAAGCAGAGACCGGGAGGAGAUGUCGAUUAUCACGUGACCAGCCUUCAUCCGGACUCUUCCGCGUUGCAGAUGGGGUCAGCUCAUUUCCCAGUGCACAUCUAGAAUCUCGUCCAGCUAUUGAUGUGUCCUCCCCGUGGCCGUAGAAGAGCUUUUCCUUGCCUGCUCUAAGGUACCAGUCUACCAGGGAGUUGACUCCUACCGUUCGUUCUCUAUCCUUCGUUCAGUUGAGAAAAUCCUAUUGUCGAAUUCUGAUUCCUUUGCCCCGGAUCUCUCCAAGAGCUGGAAAGCUGAGGUGUUUUUCUUUCCUCUUCCUAGACGUCAAGAGGAAUUAUAACUGUCCGAGCCAAACGA